UCCCAGAAGGCAGUGCGGAGGAAGACGGUAGUAGAAGAGGACUUCCGGACGCCGAUGCUGGCCUUGUCAGCGCCACACGUAGAGCAAACAUGACGAAGUUAACCCAGUGGCUUUGGGGAGUGGCGCUCCUGGGCUCUACCUGGGCUGCCCUGACCAUGGGAGCUCUGGGCCUGGAGCUGCCUUCCCCCUUCCGGGAGGUCCUGUGGCCGCUGCCUGCCUACCUGCUGGUGUCCGCGGGGUGCUAUGCCCUGGGCACUGUGGGCUAUCGCGUGGCCACAUUUCAUGAUUGCGAAGAUGCCGCCCGAGAGCUACAGAGCCAGAUCCUGGAGGCCCGAUCAGAUUUAGCCCGCCGGGGGCUGCGCUUCUGACACCUUCACCCAUUCCAAUCUGGACAUCCUUCCUCAUUCCCCAUUAAAGUGCAGUUUUAUUUUCUAA